CUCGCCUACACACGGCAAGAGGAGCGCCCCCACCCUCUCCUCUCCUCCUCCCCUCAUCACGAGCCAGGACAGGGUGGGCCACCAUGGCCGGGCAGGUCAGGCGGCGCGUCCAGAUCACCGAGGAGCCGCCCGCAAGGUCGGCCAUGGCGCAACCGAGCAGAGCAGGUGAGGAGGGAGACGCUGGUUCCUCUUUCCCGCUGCUUGCUUCGUCGUCGGCGCGGCUCCGAUGGACUCUGGCGGCUCCUCUCUGUCUCCUUCCUCGCCCCCACACACGGCUCCACUUCCCGCUGGCCUUGGGGCUGGCCGGCAGCAGCGCCUCCCUCCCUGCCGCUGCCAGUCCCGGCGCCGCCGACGGGUCCAUAGGCAGGCGUCGUUCUUGGUGGUUGAGCCGCUGAUGCAGAAGAUUCAUGGAGAGAUUUGUUGGGUGGACGCCGACAUCCUUGCCGCCGUCCGGUUGCAGGGUAGUGCUUACAAAAAGAGGCAAGCUGAAGAGGAAGGUUGGAAGAAGGAGAGCAACUGUGCAUUGUUAUGAUUGCCUCUUCCUCCUAUUGC